GUUGUAGUUAUAAUAAAAAAAAAUAUGAUUUUUUGGACUUGGUAAACCUAAAUUAGGGUGGCAACACUGAAUGCACUUGGCGUGGGUUUUAUUUUUGUGUAGGUACCUAGUGCCUACCUUUAAGUAAAUGGCGUGGGUUGAUGGAUUUUAUAUCAAAUAAAUGUUUGAAGUGUAAAUUUACCUACAUAUUAUAUAUUGGUUCAAUCGAACAAGUGCGUCACCAUGUCACAACAAUACAGUUUGCGUUGGAAUAACCAUCAACCUAACUUUAUUUCAAUGUUUACAACACUUCUGAAUACAAAAACAUUAGUUGAUGUUACCUUGGCAGCAGAAGGGCAGCAUUUACAGGCUCACAAAGUUGUACUUUCAGCAUGUAGUACAUAUUUUCAGGCACUCUUUGUAGAUAACCCAUCGAGACAUCCUAUUGUCAUUCUAAAAGAUGUUACAUUUUCUAAUCUUCGUACAAUGGUAGAUUUCAUGUACUAUGGAGAAGUUAAUGUUACUGAAGAACAGUUACCCCAGGUGCUUGAUACAGCCAAAGUUCUAAAAAUCAAAGGCUUGACAGAAAUGCCAGACUCUACUUCUCUGACUAGGCAGAACAUGACAUCUGAAUUUCAAUCAUCUGGAGAAGUUGAGUCACUCAGACCCUCAGCAUCCCCUUCAUCAUCACCUUACAAUAAAAAACGACGCCGCAGAAAGAGUUCUACGGGUUCAAUCGGAGUAGGAAGCCUAGUGCUUGAUGACACUAAGCACGAAGAUUUUGGACAGAAUUCACAAGAUAUUGUGCGUGCAGAAACCAUUACAUUGAGUAGUCUUCCGCAACAGAGACGGAUGCGGGAAUAUGAUGAACGAUUAGAAGUUAUGGAAACUACUGAUGAACCACAUAACCUGAAUGUCGACCCUAUGUCCAUUGACGACUCAGUUGGCAUUGCCCCAGGGGGACAGUGGAGCAUGAUUGAACAUCCUUAUCCACGGUACUCAAAUGCCUGUAUCGGAGGUGGAUCCCUACAACCAGAUCCGGGAAUGUACAUGAAUAACGUAAUGAACUCUCACAAUGACCACGAUAUAUCCGAUUAUGGCCAGAAUUUGGGAGUAGCCGGUCCGUCUCCCGGCCCGAGUUGUGCCACUGAAGCCCCAACAGCUCACGAAAUGCCAAAUCUGACGCAACAGAAGAGGCGGCGCACGACCAAUCCACAAGCGGCUGAGAACUUUCAACGCGCUUUGGAGGCAGUGCGGUUUGGUGGAAUAGGAUUCUGUAAAGCUGCCCGUUUGUUUGGUGUGAAUAACAGGACAUUGUGGUUAGAGUACAAAAAGAAGGGAUAUCCGAAUAACAGGCCGAGUAUCAAGAGUAGGAUAAAGCGAGAACAUUCAUCACCGCCAUUGCAAACGAAAGAAGAAAUCCCCCAACAAGAUCAACAAAUGGCGCUCUUAUGUCCGCCGCACCCGGUGCCUGUGGGCUUUAUUGACCCACGGCCGUUAGACUUCCAGGUGCAAGUAAACAACCAGAACCUAAACGUAAACGUUAAUUAUCUUCAAUAGAACGCGGUCAGCGGGAUGUCGGCUCUCGAAUAUUCGUGACCAUGGCAAGAUGGCGUCCUGCCUUACAUCCCGCUAGUUUUUACCUCCACCUCAAACAAUUAAGUUUCUAUUUACGGCAUAGAUAAGUAGCAGCGCUUGCGAUUUACUGUAUGUAACAUACAUCGAACGAUACAGUUAUAUGCUCACGAUCAUCCACCAUUUUUGUAAAAAUUAAACUAAAAUAUCAGAAAAACUCGCUUCUGAGCAUUACUACUAAACACUGUUCCAAUCAUUCUAUGUAAAUUAAGGUUUGGUCUGAUCGGAGCUAUAAUAUGUUAUAGCAAGAUAAGUAUUUGUAUUGAUUUAUCCAGUAUUCCAUAGUAACAUUAUUAGUUGGACGCACUAAAUUAUUUGUGAUACUGUAAUGGGUGUUGCAUUGCCAUGUAUAUUUAGAUCUCAAUAGUACACUAAGGGUAGUAAAUAUUUGUAAAAGCUUUUUUAUCGUACUGCGCAUUACUGUUAGGGUUUUUAAAUAUGUGAAAAUAUGUGAUAGCGAAUUUAUUAUAAUUACAAUGAUAGGAUCAGAAUUAAUAAUUACUAUAAAUCUAUCAAAAGUCGCAUAGUUGAACUUUGAAACAACUUACGGGCAGCUAAGAUUUAUUUUCAAUGAUCUACCUCUGGUUGAAUAACUUGUAAUAUAUAUAGUUUAGUCUUCAACAUCAAAAAAAAAAUUAUACACCAGUGAAGAUAAUUUCUGUGAUAGUUGAAAGAUAUUUAUGUAAUUCAUGCUUUCAACCAUUUCCAUCAAUCACAAGUACUAUUUAAUCAGGCAUCGGAUUUUUUUUUAAUUCUAACUAAUUAUAACAUCAAAUAAUUUUUUAAUUAAAAAAUUCUCUCUCGAUAAAAAGUAAGAAAUUACUAAAAGGUUUGAUGUGUGUUUAAAUACUACUGUAAGAACUAAAAUGUGGAACAGUCGCGAUCGGAUCACAUUAAAAUAAGGUUUUUAAUGUUACAAUUAUUAUUUUUGUGAAAUUUGCAUGUUUUGUACUAGUUUUAUGAACUUCACGUUAGUUUACGAAUCGGGCUAGACCUCACGUAUCUGGAUACGCAAGUCGAUUUGGUUACAUAUAGAGAUGAUGAAAGGGAUUAAUGAUUAUUUUCAAAAACUUUAUAGAUAUAUGAUUUUUACUUGUACAAUUCGUUAAAUACUCAUAUAUUUCGUGCAUGUUUUGUUUAAAAUUUAUAUUUGGCACAAAGUAAUAAUCAAUAGUACUAGGCAUUAACUUAAUUUUAAGCCCUCACACAACUUGAAAGAUCUCUUCAUUUCGACUGAUUUUUAUUGUAAGUUUUAAAGCUAAAGUCUGUCUGUCAAGAACGCGCAUUUAUUUGUAUCCUGUAUUUUUAGGUUUUUUGUAAUAAUUUACGUAAAUGAUAAUCUCUAUUCGCCGUCAUUGCAUUAUAAUAA